ACAAACCCCUUGAAAACUUCUCAUUCAACAUCCUCAUCACCAAUUCACCAUCAUGGGCCUAGAAAUCCUAUCAGAAAAACCACCCUCACCACCACACCCAUCACCACCCGCCACCGCCACCACCCGCAAAAAACUAACCCUCAUCCCCCUUAUCUUCCUAAUCUACUUCGAAGUCGCUGGCGGCCCGUACGGCGAAGAACCCGCCGUACAGGCCGCCGGCCCACUUCUAGCCAUCUUGGGCUUUUUAAUCUUCCCAUUCAUUUGGAGCAUCCCAGAGGCUCUAGUCACAGCUGAACUCUCCACCACCUUUCCAGGCAACGGUGGGUUUGUUAUUUGGGCCCACAAAGCCUUCGGCCCAUUUUGUGGAUCCUUAAUGGGCUCAUGGAAGUUUCUGACAGGAGUUAUUAACAUUGCAGCUUUUCCAAUUCUAUGCAUUGAUUAUUUAGAAAAACUUUUUCCAGUUUUUAGUUCAGGUGCACCUAGAACACUAGCAAUAUUAUUGUCUACUGUUUUUUUAUCACUCGUAAAUUACACGGGGUUGAAUAUUGUCGGGUUCGCCGCGAUCAUGCUAGGCGUGAUCUCGCUGUUCCCGUUUUUACUCAUGUCGGUUAUCGCGAUACCGCAAAUUCGGCCACAUAGGUGGAUAAGUUUAGGACAAAAGGGUGUUAGUAAAGAUUGGAAUUUAUUUUUCAACACUUUGUUCUGGAAUUUAAAUUUUUGGGAUACGGUUAGUACGAUGGCGGGCGAAGUCGAAAACCCGAAAAAAACGUUCCCGGCGGCACUUUUUUCGUCGGUGAUACUCACUUGUUUAGCGUAUAUAAUCCCAUUGAUGGCCGUGACGGGUGCUGUGUCGGUCGAUCAAUCCGAAUGGGAAUCGGGUUUCAUGGCGGUUGCGGCGGAGAUGAUAUCGGGGAAAUGGUUAAAAAUCUGGAUCGAAAUCGGGGCGGUUUUAUCGGGUAUAGGUUUGUUUGAGGCGCAGUUAAGUAGUUGCGCGUAUCAGGUUCUUGGUAUGUCCGAACUAGGGGUGUUACCGAGGUUUUUUGGGGUGCGGUCUAAGUGGUUCGACACGCCAUGGGUGGGAAUAUUGAUAUCCACUUUGAUCACACUUAGUGUGUCACAAAUGGAUUUUACGGAUAUUGUAGCAUCCGCGAAUUUUAUAUAUAGUUUAGGGAUGUUGUUGGAGUUCGCGUCGUUCGUGUGGCUAAGGAGGAAGUUUCCAACGUUGUCACGGCCUUAUAAGGUGCCGCUAGGCGUGCCCGGGUUGGUUGUGAUGUGUUUGGUGCCCUCAGCAUUUUUGGUGGUUAUUAUGGUUAUUGCUACAAAGAUUGUGUUUUUGGUUAGUGGGUUGAUGACUGUUGGGGCUGUUUUGUGGUAUUUUUUGAUGAAUUAUUGUAAGUUAAAAGGGUGGUUUGUGUUUGCAAAUGGGGAUGAAAAUGAAAAGGGAGAUGAAACGUUGUCGUCUUGAUAUUUUUUUCUAUUUUGUUUGGAGGUAUGGGUUGUGGGGUCAUGGUUGGUGGUGAGUUGACUAGCUGGCUCAUGGUUGGUGGUUAGUUAGAGUGAUAGGGUUGGGUUGGGUUGUAUCUAGUGUAGGUUUGUUUAGAUGAGCUCACUAUUAGUUAACCUCAAGUUUGUACAACUUUAUAUAUUUUAGUUAACCUCAAGUUUAUACAAUU